ACUGAUAUGGCUGCCUGUGCAGUCUCCACUUCGCAGCCAGCUGUACUGCGCUUGAGCGGUAAAAUCCUCUACGGUCCAACUGUCGUGAAUCAUUCUCAUGGACGUCAAGAGUGGUCUGGUAGGCGUAAUCAGAACGAAUGCGCGAGCCCAGAGCGUGAACGUUUGACCCACAGUGGCAGGUGGCGGUAGGUUCUUAUGGAGCUCAUGUCUUCUGAGAGCCGUAUGUAGAAUUCUAUACGACGGCGCAGCUGUUUACAUUCCCCUUGCCUCGGCAAUUUC